AUGAUUUCGAUACAGAACUCGUGCUGGUUUGUGUCCUGGAUAAAAUCUGGGCAAAAUCCUAGGAGGAAGAGCAGCUCUUCCUCCGAGUUCCGUUUCCUGCUCGCUUGCGUUUUCUCGCCUGUCGCCUUCCCUCCUCCUCGCGACCAAGUGGCUGGACGAUUCGCCACCCUUUCUGAGCAUCAUUGUGUUUGUCUUCACGAAAUCAUGGCUUCUGCGUCUGCUGUCAGCGUGUCCUGCGGCAUCAGGCUGAACCCGUCAACAUUCCAGAAGCCUUCGUUGGUCUUGGCGUCAAAGACGGCGUUCAUCCCAUCACCGCUGCCUACCGCUUACACUUCUGGUUCUAAGAACGUCAGCUGCCGCGUCGCGACGCGAUGCUCAGCUUCAAUUCAUGCUGCUAUGGCUGUGACCCCAUCGGAGCUGGACGUGAUUUCGAGGAGCAGCGAGAUUGUUCCCGACACGAUUGUCGGCGACCAAUUUGAGAGGUUCAAGCCUACUGCAGCGACCGUGUCGUCAUCUCUCAUCCUCGGCAUCUCCUCCUUGGGGGAGGCUAAGUUUGACGGAGCGAUCAAGAGCGCGUUGGCGUACGGCAAGUGCAUGGUGGCGCCGGAAGCAAACAAGUUCUCCUGCUUCCUCGAUAAGGCGCUGGUGAACGUGGGGAGGGAGUUGAGCCUCGAGGUGUCCGGGCGUGUGUCCACCGAGGUGGACCCCCGGCUCGCGCACAACACGGCCGCCAUGGUCGAACGGGUGCGAAACCUCGCAGAGCUCUACAAGGAGGUGGACGUGGGUGUGAACCGCGUGCUGUUCAAGCUGCCCGCCACGUGGGAGGGCAUCGAGGCGGCGAGGCAGCUGGAGGCAGAGGGCAUCAAGACGCACGUCACUGGCGUUGCCAGCUUCGCCCAGGCAUCAGCAUGUGCGCAGGCCAACGUUGCAGUCAUCCAAAUCCCCGUUGGCCGCAUCAAGGACUGGGCGCGCACGAAUUCAGGCGACAAGGAAGUGGAAGCUGCAGCAGCCAAGGGCGAGGACCCUGGCGUCAGCCUGGUGCGCCGUGCGUGUGCAUUUAUUACCCGCAACAACUUCCCCACCAAGGUCAUGGCAUCCAACAUCCGCAGCAAGGACGACGCACUCAGCCUGCUUGGCACUGAUUACCUGGUGGUACCCCUCAAGGUGAUGGAGGCUUUGAAAGACACUCCCGCCUCCCCUGACCUCAAACCUGCAGCACUCAGUUCAGCAGCUGACAAGGCCAAGCCUUGGGAUAUGGCAAGGUUCAAGGCCGACGUUGGGCCGUGUGCUCAGCAGCUGCUUCAGGCCGAGAUUGAUUCCGCUGUGUCUCAGGUGGAAAAGGUGGAGAAGCACUUCAAGAAGAUCUGGCCGCCCCCCAAUGCGCCGUUACCAUUUAUGGCCGCCAUUGCCGCUGCGUCUCUCAAAACUCCCGUAGCCGUCAGGCUCUCGUUUGCAUUCCGCAGGAGGUCCUUUCAAGCCAUUCCAAACGCUUAUUCUAUCGCUAGCAAUAUCGUUUUGAGCAAAGUACAGGCUGCAAAGCCAAGCGACUAUCCUUCGAUCACGAAACUGCCCCUGCAGCGAUCUUCAGUUUGCAACAUUGCAGGUGCUUUCCAUUCUCGCCCUCGCAAGCCCAUCGCAGCAGCUGCCGGCCGCUCUUCACCGUUCAGCAACCAGGGGAAUAAAGAGGGAAAGGAGAGCAACGGAGCGGCGGACAGUCAAGUUGAGGGGGUGCGAGGGGGGGAGGGGGAGGGAGAGGGAAACGGAGAGGAGGUGUGGGAGGAGGAGAUGGGCGAGAGCGUGGCAGCAGCGCGAGUGCGGGUGAGGCACGAGCUGUAUGCACCCAUCGAGCCGUAUCGGUCCGGCACACUUGCUGUGUCUAACGUACAUACUGUCUACUGGGAGGAGAGCGGCAACCCCAAAGGCCAGCCUGUCAUAUUCCUGCACGGCGGCCCAGGGGGAGGCACAUCACCGGCCAACAGGCGGUUCUUUGACCCGACGUUCUUCCGCAUCGUGCUGCUGGACCAGCGGGGGGCUGGCAGGAGCACCCCCCACGCGUGCCUGGAGGAGAACACCACGUGGCACCUGGUGGAGGACAUUGAGACCCUCAGGAAACACCUGGCGGUUGAUAAGUGGCUGGUGUUUGGAGGGUCAUGGGGCUCGACUCUCUCGCUCGUGUAUGCAGCCACACAUCCAGACAGGGUCACAGGCUUGAUUCUCCGGGGGAUCUUUCUGCUGAGAAGGAAGGAGGUGGAGUGGUUCUAUCAGAAGGGAGCUGACUCCAUCUUCCCCGACGCGUUUGACAAGUACCGGGAGUUCAUUCCAAAAGAGGAGCAGCACGAUCUAGUGACGGCUUACCACAAGAGACUCAUGAACGACUCCGAGCCUGACCAACAGGUGGCAGCAGCGAGGCACUGGACGGAGUGGGAGAUGGCCACCAGCUACCUGCUGCCCAACGAGGACUCACUCAAACGAGGCGAGGAUGACAAAUUCGCGCUGGCAUUCGCACGCAUAGAGAGCCACUACUUUGUGAACAAGGGCUUCCUACCGUCUGAUUCUUUCCUGCUCGACUCUGUGCCCAAGUUCAGGCAAAUCCCAGCCGUCAUUGUCCAGGGUCGGUACGACGUGGUUUGCCCAAUCGUGUCGGCUUGGGAGCUCCACAAGGCUUGGCCCGAAGCUGAGUUCAAGAUUGUUCCAGACGCUGGGCACUCGGCCAAUGAGAAGGGAAUCAGCGAGCAACUUGUAGCGGCGAUGGAGUCUUUCAAGCUCAAGCUCUCAAGAUGA